GGCUGAACUCCAGGGAGCAGAUCAGUGGUGGAGAACCAGCAGCUGAAGUCAGACCCAGAUGAUGACUUCUCCCUCCACCUCCAUCCUCUUCACUUCCAGUCUGAAACCCACAACAGAACCAACGGGACCAUGAUGGGAAAGAAGACCUCCUCUUGGGGGGGAGCAGCUGAGCAGAGGAGCUCCAUCAGCUGAAUCGGACAGGAGGAGGAGCGGAUGGAUGCCAGCGUGGGAGCAGCCACCAGCAACACUAUCAACAACCACCCUCCUCCGACUGGGACCAGCUCCGACUUUAAUCAUUAUUAUGAGAAUGGAAGAGGAGGGCCCAGCUCUGAUCAACAUGGCGGACAACAAAGCUCAGGGACUGGGGUAACAGUUGCUCGAACGGUACACGGAACCAUGGACCAGGUCCACAACUCCCACGAAGGCUUCAGCAACAGCAGCCCGUACAACCACUACCCGGACUACCGAGCCGGAUACGGGGCCAGCGGCUACGUGGGCAUGACGAGCCCCUCCCGGCAGGGCAGCAGACCGAUGGGCCCGGGUAGCAAAGCGGCUAUGACUGCUACCAGCUCCUCGGCUGGAGGCGGAGGAGGCGCCGCAGGGUUCCAGCGGUUACCCGGACAGGGUCAGCAGCACCCAUCAGGGGCUACGCCGACUUUAAACCAGUUAUUAACAUCUCCGAGCCCGAUGAUUCGCGGCUAUGGAGGGGGGUACCCAGACUACAGUAGUCCUGCGGAAGAGACGGGCUCCCAGUACGGGUCAGCAGCUCAAGUCUGGGGAACCCAAAGGAGUCACCCUUCGAGCGUCAGCCCGGGGAACAACGGACCGAGCAGCGGUAGAUCCCAGGUGUCGCCAAUGGACCCAACGGUGAUGAAGCGCUCUCAGCUCUAUGGGACAAGUAACCCUCCCUACAACCAGCAGCAGGGGCCGCCGUACUCCGGUCAGCCGUACGGAUCCUCUUUUCCCCGAGGGUACCAGCUGGGGAUGUCCAGUAGGGGGCAGGCAGUGAUGGGGGGGGUGCAGUACCCCCAACAGCAGAUGGGCUCUCAGUACAGCCAGCAGCAGAACCUGAGCAGUUACAGUCAGCCGCCGUACUUCAGCCCCCCGCAGCAGCAAACCGCCGCCCCCAGCCAGACGCUCUACAUGCAGCCCCGCCCACUGCCUCCACAGGAAGUUCCUCAGGAAGCGUACGGGGGGCGGGGCAAGUCUGCUGCUAUGACUCUUGGGAAGCCGAACCAUGAGGACGUGAGUCUGAGCCAACAGGAGAGACCGUCCAGCCUGCCGGAUCUGUCGGGCUCCAUCGACGACCUGCCCACCGGUACGGAGGCCGCCGUCAGUUCAGGGACCUCGGGGGACCAGGGGACUCCAGGGGCCCGCCUGCCUUUCUCCCCCCACGUCUCUCCCCGCCUCCCUCCUUCUCGUACAGGACUGUCCCCCUCCCCAUCACUGUCUCCUGCCGGGAGCAACCAAUCACGGUCAGGGCCGUUGUCCCCCCCCACGUCCAGCGGGCCAGGGUCUCACUUGACCGCUCAGGUCUCUGGUCCUGGAUCAGAUGUGGGUCCUCAGUCCUCUCAGUCAACCAUGACCCCUGACAGAGGUUUCCCUCCCUCCAUGCAGCGCUCCACCCAGUUUGGUGCCCAGCCUUCAGCCCACCCCAUGUCCUCCCAGCCUGCUCCAUCGGGGCCGAUGCAUCACGGCCCCUACCAGCAGGGGAGCCACUCCUACGGCCAGUACGGUCCCCCAGGUAACUACCCUCGGCCCCCCCAUUAUGGUGGGACUCCAGGUGCCAGCUACAGCGGGCCCGGCCCAGGGCCCGGCCUCGCCAACAGCCUGGGGCCAAACGCCACCAGUCCGAUGCACGGUCAGGGCCCCUCCACUCCUGCAGGUCGGGGCCUCGGGGCCGGGGGCCGCUCCAACCCCAUCGGAGCAGGCACCAUGUCCCCCACAUCUCCCAGCAUGCCUCAGGCCGCGGGGCAAGGCAUGGGGCCCCUGGGGCCCAGCACCAGCAGCAACCCAGAGAUGGUCCCCAACGCUGGAAUAAGCACCAACUCCUCAUCGCCGUCCGUGAGCGCCGCCCAGAGCUGGCAGGGCAGCUUCCCAGGCGUGACCCUGAUGGGAGGUCCGUACGGCCAGCACCUGGGCCCCCCUUUCUCCGCUCCAGGUGUAAGGAUGAUGCCGGCAGACGGGUUCAGACCUCAUGGAGACGCCAGACAUCGGGUCGAGUUCAGUAAAGAGAACGUUGGGCUCGGUUCUGAUCCCCUCAGAGCCAAGGACAGCUACAGGUCUCAGUGUGUGUCUCAACCCCCCACCACCCCAUGUCCCAUGUCUCCCAGCUCAGCCAGUAUGUCCUCCUUUGUGGGGGAGGACAGCAACAGCAUUAGCAGCCCCUCCUGGCUCCAGACUCCGCCCAGCCCUAAGCCCAGCGUGGCCACCAUGACCAACGAGAAGGUCACUCGGCUCUAUGAGAUGGGCCCUGAACCAGAGAGGAGGCUGUGGGUGGACCGGUACCUGUCCUUCAUGGAGGAGAGGGGGACACCUGUCCCGAACUUGCCCACUGUGGGAAAGAAGCCUCUGGACCUCUGCAGACUGUACCUGGCUGUCAGAGAGAUCGGAGGACUGGCCAUGGUAAACAAAAACAAGAAGUGGCGUGAGCUGUCGACCCUCCUGAACGUGGGGACAUCCAGCACCUCUGCCAGCUCUCUGAAGAAACAGUACAUCCAGUACCUGUUCGCCUACGAGAGCAAGGUGGAGCGGGGGGAGGAGCCUCCGCUCGACACCACGGCGACCACAAAGAAACCGUCAUCCCUCCAGGCCAAGAUCCAGCCUCCAUCUCCAGUCAACUCGGGCUCCCUACAGGGCCCGAACACCCCUCAGUCCAGCAGCAGCUCCCUCACUGAGGCACCCGUAGACCUGAAGCCCUCGACCCCCACCUCCACACCACACAGUCAGAUGGGUCCCCACUCCGGAAACAGGAGCCUGGGGGGGGUGAGCAUCCAGGACCCGUUUUCUGAAGGCAACGAUCCGGCCUUCCACAGCAGGCGGGGCCCGGAGCCCGGCGGGGGCCCAGCAGAACCAGCGAUGAGGCUGCAGUAUGAAGCCAACUGUGGAGGCUCGAGGAAGGGUCCGGUUCUCGGGGAGACCUUUGGUCCUGGUCAUUUACCAAGCGGCACCAUGCAGGACAUGUACACCUCUGGGCCUGUAACAGGGGUGGGGUCCAAACCACAGUACCCUUAUGGGCCCGGCUAUGAGCGGAGAGUAGACCAUGUGACGGGUCCGCACAGAGGCGUGGCACCCCCUGGAGGUCAGAACUGCAUGGGUUCAUCUGGAACCGAGCCGGGCCUGUUCGCGUCUAACAGAUACCCCCCCCACCAGAGGCCCGGCGGACCUGAUGGGUACCAGUAUCCUCACAGCAUGGCCUACAGUUCCCAUCAGCCUCUGUACCCCCACCAGCAGGGCUACAAGCGUCCAAUGGAGGGUCCGUACCCCCCCGCUAAGCGCCAUGAGGGAGAGGCCUUUGGAGUGCCCGCCCCGUAUGGAGCAGGAGGCGGAGCCUACAUGAGCCCUGAGCGCCGACCCGUUCAGGGACAGUUUCCUUAUCGUCAGGGGGCCCCCCAGCACAGUAUGAUGGGUUCAGGACCAUCGGGGGGCCCGGGGGAGGGGCCUCAGUCCAACAUGUGGCCCCCCAGGACGGACAUGAGUUACUCAUACAGCCGGCAGGGCCAGGGGCCCCCCUGCGAGCACGAGGGCCGCCCCUCCCAGGACACGCAGUGGCCCCCCAGUCCCCACAGUCAGUACCAGCCCCCCUUACCCACACUACCCUCCAGGCAGCCCCCCUCCACAUUCCAGGCCACGCCCACAAUCCAAAAUCAUGUCACCCUCUCUCACAGCCCCUCCCCUUUUACCCGGCCAUCAGGGGGCUCUCUGUCCCCCAACAGCUCCCCCUACCUGUCUUCCAUCAAGAAGCCUGGGGCUCCAACCGGGCCCCCACCCCCUCAGGGCCUCCCCCUCAUCUACAGAGAUGUCAGCUACCCCCCCAGUUCUGUGGAGGCCACGCCCCCUAAACUGAAACCACGGCGACACCUGACAGCCAAGGACACAGGAACCCCAGAGGCGUGGCGAGUGAUGAUGUCACUGAAGUCUGGGCUUUUAGCAGAGAGCACGUGGGCGCUGGACACCAUCAACAUCCUGCUGUACGACAAUGGGACAGUAGGCUCUUUCAACCUUCUGCAGCUGCCGGGUUUCCUGGAACUUGUUGUGGAGUUUUACCGCCGCUGCCUCAUCCAGAUCUUUGGCAUCCUGGAGGAGUACGAGGUGGGGGCUGAGAGCCAGAAGAGCCUGCUGGGGCCCGUUCCCGAGAAGGAGGAGCUCAAGGAGGUAACGACUGCCUCUCAACCUGAAACCAAGCUGGAGGAGGCACCUCCAUGCAGUGCUCUCGAGAAGGAGAUGAAAGACACCAAACCUGUCCUAGGGGUGAAGGAGGAGCAGAUGGAGCUCCGCCCUCAACAGAGCAGCAAAUUUGACAAGCUGCCAGUCAGAGUGGAGGAGAUGGGGGAGACAUGGGAGGAGGUGGAGGAACGCUGGGCCAGACUGAGCCGACCCAACGGCUUCAUCAGUGGCCUCCUGCACUGGAAGGCAGGAGGAGGAGACUCCACGGCUCAUAUCCAGACCCACUUUGAGUCCCGCACUGGAAACUUUGCUCCUCCAGAUCCACUGGAGAGGUGGAGGGGCGAGGAGACCAGGGGGAGGACAGGAGGAGGUGAGGGUAGGAGCCCAGAGGGCGAGGGAGUUGAGAAGGACGGCUUGCUAGAAGAACAAGGAGGUGAUCAUCUGGUCCUGAUUGGAUCUGCCCAGAACCCGACAGCAGCUCUGACUCGAGUGUGUUUGUGCUCUACAGGCCGGCAGUCUGAGGUCAGAGGUCAAAGGUCAAGUCCCAUUAGCCACCAGGAGGAUGAGCCUCGAUGCUGGGACGAGGCGCCGCUCUCCACCGCCGAGUCCUGGCAGGACUCCCUGACCAAACGCUGCAUCUGCAUCUCCAACAUCAUACGGAACCUGUCCUUCGUCCCUGGUAAUGACGCCAUCUUGUCUCGACACCCGGGCCUGGUUCUGAUUCUGGGCCGGCUGGUGCUUCUGCACCACCUCCACCCCCCCAGGAAAGGGAUGCGUCCCUCGUACCAGCGAGAGGAGGAGCAGGGUCGGGCCUGCAGCCGGGACGAGUGGUGGUGGGACUGCCUGACGGCGCUGAGGGAGAACACUCUGGUGACCCUGGCCAACAUGUCGGGUCAACUGGACCUGUCCCAGUACCCGGAGAGUAUCUGCCUGCCCAUCCUGGACGGGCUGCUGCACUGGAUGGUGUGUCCGUCGGCCGAGGCCCUGGACCCGUUCUCCUCGGCGGGCGGCUUGUCAUCGCUCACGCCUCAGAGGCUGGUUCUGGAGUGUCUGUGUAAGCUGAGCAUCCAGGACUGUAACGUGGACCUGCUGCUUGCCACGCCGCCCUUCAGCCGCCAGCAGAGGCUCUUCUCCUCUCUGGUCCGGCUUGUGGGCGAGCGGAAGAAUCAGGUGUGUCGGGAGAUGGCGGUGGCCGUACUGUCCAACCUGGCACGGGGCGAGCCAGCGGCGGCUAGGGCCAUCGCCCUGCAGAGAGGCAGCGUGGGAACUCUCAUCGGCUUCCUGGAGGACAGCGUGGCCAUGGCCCAGUACCAGCAGAACCCGCACAGCCUGCUGCACGCCACGCUGCCGCCGGAGCCGCCCAGCAUCAACAUGAUGUGCCGCACGGCCAAGGCGCUGCUGGCCGUGGCGAGCGUGGAGGAGAACCGGACCGAGUUUGUUCUGUACGAGAGCCGGCUGCUGGACAUCUCGCUGUCGGCCGCGCUCAGCCCAACGGUGGCGGCCAUCAUGUGUGAAGUUCUGUUCAAACUCAGCCGCUCAUGACGCAAAUGUGGCUCCAGAAGCUCCGCCCACUUCAGGAGCUAUGAUUGUUCUUUUAUUUAAAGUUUUUACGUCUGAAUUCACAGAAUCUAAAGUCCAUCUGUUCGUUUGGGUUUUUAUUUGAUUUUAAUACAAAAAUAUUUAAACUAGUUUUAUUUCUGUUUGAACCAAAGUGCUUCAGUAGAGAACACUCGGGUUCCUUAGGGGUGGGGCUAGUGACAUGUGGGCGGGGUCAGAUAUUUAAGCGAUGUGGAUAAAUGUUUCUUUUCUCAUGUGUGAUGGAGGAAACGCUGAUGUUCUCUCGUGUUCUUCGUUCUGGUGCAAUGAGUUCGUUUUGGGCGUUUUUAUGUGAACUUCCUGCUAUUGAAACUCCAGUAUUUUCACCUGGAGAGAGGGGGCGGAGCUACACCUGUUUACUCCUCUGCUCUUUUCAUGUAAAUAGAUGAUGUACAUCUUGGUUCCAGCAGGUGGCACUGCUGAUGGAUGACCUUGCCUGACAGGUUCCACCUGUGGGGGGGGGGCAUUUGAUUGGAGGAACUAUGUACAGGAAGUGUGUGUGUGU